AUGGCUCCUCAGAAUAUCUCUGAAUUUCUUGCAAACUCUUCCUGCGCAGCCUCCGCAGCCCCCGCUGCCUCCAAUGCCUCCUCCUCGUCUUGCGGCCCUGUUCCCCUCGCCUCCGUCGCUAGUCUGAUCGGCUUGAGCGAGAAUUCUAUCAAUAGUCUGUAUUGGCUUGGCGUUUUGGCGUGCCUUGGAUACCUCUUUGUAUACCUGGUUACCAUCAUAACCAACUACCGCCUCAAGAUAAAGGAGAUGGAGUUAGGUGUCUUUCUCGCCGCUGCCCAGUCCGAUGAGCAGACCCUGAGACUCUCUUACCUCCUCAGGCAGACACGUAAGUUACACUCUCUGGGGGUAUGGGGCUUGUGGAUUGGCAGGUCCUGUACUGACCAGACAAUGUGUGUAGACGACAGACCCUUCCUGCUUGUGUACAAGAGUCGCAACGACCGUGAUUCCAUGGAACAGGUCACCGUGGGCGGGAAGGUCCUUUUAGUCGGGUUUCCCUUGGGUGGAAACAAGCCUCCCUCGCUGACGUAA